CCGGGGCGGAGGUUGAGGGGUCCUCUGCUAGCUUCGUGGCGGAGGGGAUGGGGGUACCUCUGGUCCUGACGGCGGCGGAGAUGGCCGCUCAGGGCUUCGACAUCGGCGUCGACAUCGUGCUGGCAACCAUGGAGGAGGAGGAGGAUGUGGAUCCGGACGCCGAAGCAGAGUUCGACGCGAUGAUGCUGGCCGCCGACAACCUCCGAUUUGCUCAAAAUUCGCGCCAGGUACCCCCUGCUGAUACCUUCCAGCCUGUAAAUGAAAAUGAGGUAAAUGUGGAUCCGGACGCCGAGGCAGAGUUCGACGCGAUGAUUCUGGCCGCUAACAACUUCCGAUUUGCUCAACAGAUGCGCCAGGUACCCUCUGCUGAUACCUUCCAGCCUGAAAACGAAAAUGAGGAUGAAAGGGUUCCCACCAAUCAACCCAAUCCUGAGAAUGACACUUUAUAUGGAUCUUCCAUAUCUCAGCAGAUUCAAAAUGAUACUUUACAUGGUUCUUCAAUACCUCAGGGGGGUGAUAGUAAUACAUUACAUGGAUCUUCCAUUCCUCAGGGGGGUGAUAAUGAUCCUGGAUCUGCAACUUGGUUCAAGCUUAAGGUCCCAAGUGCGUUCCAAGGGCUUCUGCAGAAUCGUCAAAUCUUUCAGCUACUGGGAAAUGAAGUUACUGCUAUAAAUGAUCUUGCUCAAGGUGUUGUUGCCGUUGUACCUCAAAGCAGUGUGGAUACAUUUCCGAUAACUCCUGAAUACACCUCAUCUCGAAGGAUACUAAAAGAGCAUGGUCCGUCUAAGUUAAAGGUCUCCGGCGUUAUCAUAAACAAAUUUUUCAUCAAAGGAAAUUUAUGGAGUAGAAGGCGUUACACAAUUGAUAACACAUGCCAUGUGUUUGAAUGGCCUGCCAGACCAGUGGAAAAUGAGAUACAGGCAGUACCCCCAAGGACUAGAGCAAGGACUACUGAAGAGUUGAUCGCCUCCAACGCAGCUGUGGUUGCAUCACAUGGCAGAGUGCUCGAGUCUAACGCUGCUGUGGUGGAGUCAAACAACAGGCUGACGGCUGCCAUCUAUCAGCUCAUCUCCCGCCUCGGCGAAUCCAGCACCAAUAGGCCAUGAAGUGGGGCAAGGAAGGUUGGUUAGAUUAGUUAGACAGAGGCGCUGUGCUGCUUGCAAACGUUGGGUCGUAUGGUCGAAUGCCUGCUGAAUUGUUUCUAAUGCCUGCUUGCAGACUUUGGGCCCUAUCGAAUGCCUGCCGAAUUGUUUGUAGUUCAAGUUUUGGCACGAUGAUAGAUAUCCCAGCUGGAUGACAGGAGAUAGGUGGGUUUACUUUUUGCUGGUAUUGCUGAGAAUGGUUCUUUUGUUGGUGGUUCCAUUGAGAAACUAACCAGCUGUGUGAAUUGCAAAAACUACUUGGUUAGAGCAAGUACAAUCUUAUCUGUUA